AGACCAAAGUCAGGCGCCGACGAUCGGGAAAUGAUGUCGCCGUCUUCGUGGUGCGCGCCGCCGGCCGAUACCACCACGUCCGGCUGCAGGCGUGCGGUUGGUGCGCGUUUCGCCCGCUCCGUUCAUCGCGUUUCGACGACGACGACGGGUAGUCCGCCGUCCUCGUAAUCGCGAGCGGUCUCGGGGGCCGAAGACGGCCGAUCGCCGCGCGGCGUUCGUCAAUUCUCCCUUCGCACGUGCACACGUCGGGCGUCUCGCCGUCGUCGUACGAGUGCGUGCGUACUCGAGUAUCGAUUCGCGUGAGCGGAAACGCGCGCGCCACACGAAAACGGAGCGAGAGGAAAGAAAGAGAGAGAGAGAGAGAGAGACGGAGAAAGGGACUUCACUCCCGUGCUGGUUCUCCGCGCGGCGUCGCGUCGCGUCGCGCGGCACAUCGUCGGCGUAAUCCGGUGGCCCGCUCGUGUGCUCUGCGCUUCGAGCACGAGCGUCGCUCUCCUCGUGCCGCGCCGCGGAAUCGCUAGUGCUGACGCGCGUAACGCGGCAUGGAAGAGAGAGCGAGAGAGACGACACGCGCCAUCCACGGCAACGUCAUCCCGAUGGUGAGGCUCCGCAAGGUGGCACUGGACGACAAUGGCUGUGACGGAUCCUCACGACGGCGGUUUUUCCUGACGAAUCGAUUCGUCAUUUCCGGUCGUGCGUCACGCAAGAAAGGAAGAUAUCGAAGGAAGCCUCUCGCACUAAAAGUGCUGAGGAUGCUGUCGCCAAGACGAGCUGGAUCAGUGGGCCCCGAGGAGAUCGGGGACGGGCCCAGCGACAAGGGUGCAAGUGGUGGUGCAACGAGUGGCUCGGUCACCCCGGGUGGCUCCUACGAGAAUGGCGACAACUCGAAGGAGUUCCAGUUGACCGGCAGGACUGGAAGGAGGAACGCGUUACCAGACAUCCUUGGCCGUCAUGCCGAAACCGGGCUCUCCGAUCUGUCGGAUCGGUUCGAGGAGCUGUCCACCCACCCAGAUCAUUCCAGCAGCGGUGGCCAGGACCCAAACAUACCAGGCACGUCGAAACAGCACGGCUGACAUGUUCGUGAGAGACUUGGUAGUGAAAGCCUGGUGACACCGCGUGACUCUCCCAUCAUCGAUGACGACGUGCGAUGGGGACCACGUGCCCUCUCUGUGAACCAAGUUCUUUGCAUGCUCUCUUUGAUUCACGUCGCGGUGACGUGAAACGUAUCGACAGACGUUUUGCGCGACGAAAUCACGAAAGCACGUCACGUUUCGUCGUCUGACUGGAAAAUGUUCGGACUUGGAAAAUCUCCCAAGUUAAUCUCUCGGCGGAGGGAUGGGAAAUCUUGACUCGAGGGAAGCCACAAGAGGAGAUUUUAAAAUACAGAUUUCGAACGAUUCGACGCAACAUUGUGGAUGCUUCAACUGUAAAAUAUGAUUUGUUAUGUAAGUUGCAUGCGUGAGAUCCGUCCGCGAUCCAGUUCGCGCACGAUUCUCGCUGUUUUGUACGUGGACUUUGCUGGGAUAAAUUUGUCUUUCUCACAAUGAGUCUUUUCAAGCAACACCUCGAAGGAAACUUUUGCUGUUAAGGUGAACGACGCGGAAUUAGAAUUAAGGGAUGCCUAGAUUAGUUUUGUUAAAUGGAACGUUGGAAUUGACGUUUAUUCGUCGCGGAUUGGAUGCGAGAUACCAUUCGAUCCGAUAAUCAAUAGAAAGAAAGUAUGACGAAUACAACGGUCAGUUGGUUAUUUUUCUUUGUUUUCUUUUUUUUUUGCUGAAAUACAUGAAAUCGAGAAAUGAAAUCUUGAAAGCAUGUUUCACGCGUCGAGGAUUUUUAAACGAUUGACAAUUUAUUUGAUUGAUUCUGUACGUUAUUUGGAUUGUAUUAGAAGGUAGCCAGGUUGAAAAGUAGCCGAAUGAGACGCAAUACUCGAUUUAGCUACGCGGCUUUAUUAACAACGCUGCUGUUUAGAAAACAGUAACCACGAUACGUAUCGUAUUUUUCAUACGUAUUUUUAUUACGUAACGCAAAGUUUAUAUUGGAACCUUUCUGUUAUUUUGUAUCACGCUAUGUUAUCGAAUAAUGGAUACUAUCCGCGAGAGGUGCUCCAGAUUAAACAAAAAAGAAAAAGAAAACGAAAAAACAUACCAUCAGAAAUCGUUGAGCCAGUUUAAACUUUGUGCAGUUGUUGAAUUUUCCAAGUUUUUUGCGGAACGAGAAUUCUCCGCGGCGAGAAUUAAUUGUGCGCGCUAUCAAUAAUGGACAGCGCCGAUAUUUUGGUAUCGUUAUUGAUAUAACGAUUAAGUAACAUGCUCCGUCGUGUAACGCGAGCAUUAGUUGAACCGUAAUGAUGUAUCGUAGGGCUGAAACAAAAGUAUCCCCGAGAAAAAAACUCGCGUCGCUGCGACCUCGAAAAGCGUUCCCGGCCACGUUCAAUCUCAGAUUCCCCCUCGCAGCAUCCCUGAUUGAUCUCAUCGAGGAUCAUAGCUCUUCGCAACGAACGCGACGGCCUCAUCCGGGAUUCUCGCCAACGAAACGUGCCGAGGACGUAUGAUUUCAACGACAUCGAAACCUUUCAAACCGGAAAUCAUCCAGUCAGGACGCUUGCGAGAAACUUUUCCCAUCAAUAGGAUAAAUAUACGUGUGCAACAUGUAAUUUCCGUAUUUAUUUUCUUUUUUUAUUUAUUUAUUUUCUUUCGGAGGGAGGGUUUGGGGUGCGGGAUAAAUAUCGUCUCACUACGUACUCCGGGCUGAGGAAACUUCCCGCGUGACGUGUGUGUCUCAGUAGAUCCGGAGGAGAGUUAACGCGGUGUUUCAGGGCGGGGCGUCCGUCUUCUUCCCCAUAAAAUCUCGUGGUGUAUCUCAGACUCGCGCAAGGGCGAGAAGAAAAUCAAUUGCAUUAAUUGCAAAGGCAACUAAAGAUGUUUCCCGACACGGGUUUUCAGCGCGCGGAACCGCGACGCUCUCCUCGCGAAGUGAAUCCCGACGCGAUGCAACGUUUUUUAUGUGUUUGUUAUGCAAAAUACUCGUGGCGCGUUCAAUUACAAAGUAUAAUAUCGCGGCAUAAUUUUAUUAUUUAUUUAUUAUAGCGCGCAUUGUGCGCUGUUAACAAUUACGUCUCUCCUCCUCCUCCUUUUCUCUCUUCAUCCUUCACAUGCAUUAUGCAUUUGCGGUAGCGGCGACGUGAGAAAUACCGAGACGCUCGUUCCGAAGCGACCGAGAGGCAAUUAGAGUAAAACACUUUCAGACAAUUAGACGUUUGUACAGGCGGAAUUAGGCGAGUAAUAGCGCGAUGACGGACGCGCGUGCACGUGUAAAUAUAACGCAUGCUCGCGAGCAGCGUGGUUGUCCCGAAUCUCCGCGAGCAUGACUAUUAGUUAAUUAAGCUAAUAAUAAGCUGCGUGUACGAUUAAUAUUGCAUAAGCUCUGUACAUAUAUAAUAAUAUUAUACAUACGUAUCGCGCUCGUGUAACCGCGCACGAGCCCGCCUCUUCGACGCGCGUAUCUUCGCGCCGGAAAUCCCGUUGUUCUCCUCUCGUCGCUCGCGGCAGCUAAACUUUUCAGCGAUCGCGAGUUAAUAAUAAUAAUUAUAAUUACGGGCGCGACGAGACGAAUGACGACGGUGCAGCACGUAAUCGCGACGAGUGCACACGCGAACGUCGAAGAUUCCGCGUGCGAGGACGAAGAGGACGGGCCGUGCUCUUUGGACGAAAUAAAACAUUUUUGGACCCGA